AUGGUAACAAAUGUGACAUCGUUGUUGAAAACUGUAAAAACCGUCGAAGAUGAGCACCAGCGUGGGACACGAGCACUGGAAGCAGCAAUAGAAGCAAUCGGCCAGGAAAUCCAUCUGUACGAUACUGGAGAAGCACCCACCAGAGGUGCAGCGAGUGCCGAAGAUGUUAUUCGAUCAACAAAGCAGCUGACUGCAGCAACCGCUCGUGCAGCAGCUGCAGCACAAACAUUACAGCAAAGCGAUAUCAUUGCGGCAGCUAAUCUCGCUCGACAGUCUGUCUGCGAUUUAUUAGCAACAACACGCGCUGCUGCUCAGUCGGCUGAUUCCGCUGAUGCCAGGUGA